AUGAACAUAUUCGGAGAGUCUGACGAAGAAGACAACAACCCAUUUAGCGGAACUAACCACCUUUAUGCGUCCGGAAUCGCAGCUGUUGCAGAGGGAGAGGAUGAUUUCAUCCCUAAAGGUGCGAUAGUUGAGGGAGAGGGAGAACGUACUAGUGAAAUAGGAGAAGCACCUGAAAGAGACAGUUCGAAUGAUGAAGAGUACGAUCCUGGUCACAUAGAGAGUGUCGGCGGGAACACGACGGGAACUACAGGUCAAUUUGAGCCCUAUGUGUCGUUAUCGAUGUCAAUGGCCAACACAGCAGUUCCGGAACAUGACGAUGACACAAUCAUACAGAUCGUAGAAGCUGGCGAUUACAAGGAUCCUUGGGGGAAACAUGCCAUCGGUUAUGCAAUUAGAUACCAAGGGAAGGAAAUAAUCAGGCGCUAUUCUGAGUUUGAUACUUUGCGUCAGGCUCUAGUAAAACUGUUACCAACCAUUGUUAUACCACCCAUCCCAUCAAAGCAUCCAUUAAUCAAGUAUUUUUUACGACCACUAUCGGCUGAAACUGACUCAAGGAUUAUAGAGAAAAGGAAACGAAUGCUUUCAUCCUUUUUGAACAACUGUUAUUCCAUUCAAGAAAUCAGAAACCAUGUUGUGUUUACCAAGUUCCUCGAUCCCGAGUAUUCUUGGAAAGAUGUGCUGAACUCGCCACCCAUUGUCAUUUUACCAAUGAAUAACCUUCUGGCUCCUCCACUCAACCCUACCAAACCAAGCCCUUUGCAUUCUUUGUUGCCUGGUCAAACAUCACUCUCAAGAUUGGAUCCGACAGCGCAUAAUGGAAGUACCACUGAACUGGAAACUCAGUACGCUCAGAUCGAGGGGCGUUUGAGAAGAUACAAGAAUUCCUUACAACCAUUACAGAAGAUUUUGAGACAACAUAGAUUACAUUUCCAUUCUUUGUCAUCUUUAUUCGCGGAGCUGGGGGCUUACUACAAUGCCUUUAGCUUGCAGGACAACGUCAUAGGAUCGGAAUCAUUGGCUGCACAGACGAAGUCUCUAUCAGAUGGUAUAGAAAGGAUUGGACAUGGAUUUGACGUUAACUAUGUCAGCUCUGAGAUUUUGGUCGAUAAAUUGCUUACCAUACUAGAAGAACCAUCUGGUGAAAUCCUACAAUUCUUAGAGGAUGCCAAGCGAGUCAUUCAUUUCAGGAAACUGAAACAGUUACAAUAUCAGAUUAUAGAAGCCACCAUAGCGAAAAGGGAGGCUCGAAUCAAAAGCUUGAAAGAAACUCAAAACCAGAUGAAAAGGCUCGAAGAUGCUUUGCAACAAAAUGCUCUUGAAUCGCCAACUAUCGCUGAAGCGAUGAGACACUUAGAAACCACGAGAUCCACCGACGAGACCUCUAAUGGUCAAAUGCAAGAGACAGAUCAGCCAUCACCCACAUCAACAAGGCCCUCGCAUGCAUCGUUCAUGAAGCAAGCAAAGAGAGGCAGAGGCAAAAGAAGAAGUCGUAAUGGCGAACUUGAACCUCACAUGCUUACUGAAGAAGAACGACAAGAAGAAAUCCAAAAACUGCAGAAAGAAGUGGAAAAGCUCAACGAUUGUUUUAGACUUACUAAAAAGGACAUGGAAGAUAUCAAUCGCUCAUCAUUACACAGCUUAACUGCUCUGUUGGAAUUUAUUGAUCAAAAAUGGGUGAUGAUGCUCAAGAGUUUCCCCAAAUCCGUGCUCAGCUGGCUGACCGAGUGCUUAAAAGCCUGGAAAAACGCCAAAAUUGCUGUCAACAAUAUCGAGACCUGA